UGUGGCUAUAGCUGCUGUAUCACGCCUUUCAUACCCAAGUACAACAGCAGGUCCCCCUCCCUCCCUCUUCCUAGCGAAUCCGAAAAACGCGCCUCUGAGAUGAAAGCAACACACAAAAAAGCAAGCAGUGAAAAUUCCUGAGUAAAACAAAAUAAAAUAACCAUUUUCAUGGAAGAAAGAAAAAGAGAAAACGUACGAAAACGUUUCUGAUACAAGAAAAACUAACCUUUCGUAAUCUCUCUGCAGAGGAGAAAAAUUCAGACUUCUUUUUUCGGUUUCUGUAUAAUUCAUUUGGAGAAGUGGUUGGAGCUGCUGGUGGUGUUUUCAAAGGGUCAUUGAAGUCUGAAGAUUACCUAAUCAAUGGAGGAUGUUCUUUAAAUGCUUCCUUAUUAACUGUGUUGCUAUAGAAACUGGGGUUUCCAAAAUUGAUAUGAGGGAAGUGGGUGCCGUACAGUUUGCAGAUGUUAUCUGUGCGUGAGUUUCUUCGGUCAAUUUAGCGGCCCCUCAAAGCUGCAGAUACUUCUGUUUUCAGUGAAUGGUUUCUCAAACUUGCAAGUCUUAUCGAGCCCCAGGGUGUUUUUCUUGAUUCUUCUUCAUCCACAGUAGAAGCUCCAGAAUGGUCCCACCCGCUCAUAUUCUGCACUCUAGGCUCCUUUUCAGUCUCAUUGCUGCCUGCUUCAUCUGUUCAUCCUUCUGUGAAGCAAAUGUUUCUAAUGAUAUUCAGAUAUUAAUCACUCUCAAAGAUUCUCUCUUCUUAAGAAGAGAUCUCCUUCCAAGCUGGUUCAACAACACAGAGGUUUCACCAUGUAAUUGGUCUGGUAUAAGAUGCGUGGGUUCCAAAGUUCAUGAGGUAGAUUUAUCAUGUGCUCAGUUUCCACUACAGCUUCCGUUUCCAAGCCACCUUGGGGAACUCAGAGCACUGAAGCGCCUUAAUGUCAGCUACUGCGCCCUCACAGGCCCUCUUCCGACAAAUAUAUGGAAUUUGGAGAAUUUAGAGUCUCUAGACUUGGGUGGUAACAGAUUGGUUGGGACUCUACCUCCGUCUUUGUCCAACCUUAAAAUGCUCAGGGAACUAAUACUUGAUGAGAAUAGCUUCACUGGCAGCUUACCUUCCACGAUUGGAGAACUUGGAAACCUCAUCGAACUGUCAGUACAUGGGAAUUCAUUAUCUGGGAAUCUUCCUCCGGGGCUCGGGAAUCUUCAGAAUUUGGUAUCACUAGACCUGAGCAUGAACCUCUUCUCUGGAAGUCUGCCUCCAAGCAUUGGAAAUCUUACAAGGCUUCUAUACUUGGAUGUUAAUCAUAACAAAUUCACUGGAGUGAUUCCUCAAGAGCUUGGUAAGCUGGUGCAACUCAGUAAACUCGAUCUUUCGUGGAAUUUACUGGAAGGACCUAUACCUUUGGAAAUAGGAAGAAUGUCUGUCCUACAAUCUCUGACACUGGGGAACAAUAAUCUUCUUGGAGAACUACCGACAACGGUAGGAAAUUUGAGAGAACUGCAGGUGCUUGAUCUAGAGAAUUGUCAGCUUAUAGGGGCACUUCCAAAUGAACUUUCCUACCUGAGAAAUUUGACAUUACUAAAUAUAGCGCGGAACAAUUUUGAAGGAGAAAUUCCUUCCAGUUUUGGUGAAUUGUCCAAUCUAAUUUACCUUGUAGCAGCAAAUUCAGGGCUGAGUGGAAGAAUUCCGGGGAAUUUGGGAAAAUGCAAGAAGCUCAAGAUUCUGAAUCUGUCUUUCAACUCUCUGUCCGGGACUUUACCAGAGGGACUCAUGGGGCUCGAAUCACUCAGUUCACUUGUGCUUGAUUCUAACCAUUUAUCAGGACCGAUUCCCAGUUGGAUUUCAAAUUGGACAAGAGUGAACUCAAUAAUGCUGAGCAGGAACCAAUUUAACGAGUCAUUGCCACCAUUACAUCUACCUCACCUGACCCGAUUUGAUGCCACUUCAAACCAGCUUUCUGGUGAGAUCCCAGAAGAAAUAUGCCUUGCAGAUUCAUUAACAACUCUUACUCUGUCAGAAAACCUGCUCAGUGGCAGUAUUCAGAAUACGUUCAGGAGAUGUUUUUCCCUCACAGAUUUGCAGUUGAUUGGGAACAAUUUCUCUGGAGAAAUACCAGGUUAUCUAGGUGGGCUUCAGCUGGUAACAUUGGAAUUAUCACACAAUAAUUUUUCUGGCGGACUUCCUGAUGAACUUUGGAAAUCACUGACUCUUAUGGAGAUCUCUUUCAGCAACAAUUUUCUUGUGGGUCGAAUUCCAAGUGCUAUAGCAAGUUUAACGUCUCUACAGAGGCUACAACUGGAUAACAAUCUUUUCGAUGGUCCCAUCCCUCAUUCAGUUGGAGAACUAAAAAACCUGACUAAUCUGUCACUCCAUGGUAACCAGUUAUCCGGAGAGAUCCCUCUGGAGCUAUUCGAUUGCAUCAAUAUUGUAUCUCUGGAUUUAGGUGCAAACAAGCUGACAGGCUCAAUUUCUAGAUCCAUUUCUCGUCUGAAACUGCUUGACAAUCUGGUUCUAAGUCAAAAUCAACUCUCUGGUUCAAUCCCCAAUGAGAUAUGCUCUGGGUUUCAGAAGGCGCCUUUGCCAGAUUCUGAGUUCACCCAGCAUUACGGCAUGCUGGAUCUGUCUUAUAAUGAGCUAGUGGGUCCUAUUCCAACAACCAUAGAGCAGUGCACAAUUUUAUCUGAGUUGCUGUUGCAAGGAAAUAAGCUCAACGGCAGCAUUCCUCGUGACUUGUCAGGUCUGGUCAACUUAACUGUCCUUGAUUUAUCUUCAAAUUAUCUAACAGGCCCAGCUAUACCUCAUUUCUUUGCACCGAAAAACCUCCAAGGUCUUUUCCUUUCUCAUAACCAAUUGAAUGGAUCAAUCCCGGAGGAUCUGGGUUCGAUGAUGCCGAGCUUGGCAAAACUCAAUCUCUCUAGAAACCUUCUGACUGGUGCCUUGCCAUCAACUAUCUUCAAUGUUAAGAGCUUGAGCUACAUUGAUAUUAGCCACAAUUUUCUCUCUGGGUCUAUUUCAUUCCCUACUCCAAAUGGCGGAACCUCUCUUCUGCUGUUAAAUGCCAGUAAUAACCUCUUCUCUGGCACCCUAUCUGAAUCUCUAUCUAACCUGACAACCCUUGCUGUUCUUGACCUUCACAACAACAGUCUCACUGGAACUUUUCCUUCGUCACUCUCCAAAAUAUCUACUUUGGCGUAUCUUGAUGUUUCCAAUAAUGAUUUCCACUACAUACCUUGUGCUAUUUGUAACAUGCCCGAUCUUGCAUACAUGAAUUUUGACGGCAAUGAACUUUAUGAGCAUAAAAAGUGCACAAUAUCUGGUUCGUGUCCGUCGAAAAAUUACUCUACUGUGCAAACCGACCCUUCUUCUCCAGCUCUGAACAAAGCAUGUGUAUGGGGAAUUACACUUGGUGCAACUUUCAGUUUCCUCUUCCUCUUAUUCGGUUUGCUCAGGUGGAGAAUGCUAAAGAAUGAGUCUACGGCUCUUACUCUGGGCAAAAACAAGUCUGUAAUUGUAAACGAAUCCGCAACGACUGACGAGUUUCUUCUGAAAAAGCCUAAAGAGCCACUGAGCAUCAAUAUUGCUACUUUUGAGCAAUCUCUGCUACGGGUAAGCGCUUCAGAUAUUCUAACAGCAACUGAAAAUUUCAGUAAGACUCAUAUUAUAGGUGAUGGUGGUUUUGGUACUGUAUACAAAGGAUUGCUGCCUGAGGGAAAAACUAUUGCUGUGAAACGGCUAAAUGGUGGGCACUUUCAGGGUGAUCGUGAAUUUUUAGCUGAGAUGGAAACUAUCGGAAAGGUUAAACAUGAAAACCUGGUUCCACUUCAGGGUUAUUGUGUUUUUGGUGAUGAAAGAUUUUUGAUAUAUGAAUACAUGGAGAAUGGUAGUCUAGAUAUGUGGUUAAGAAACCGUGCAGACGCAGUCGAAUCCCUUAAUUGGCCAGCGAGGUUCAAAAUCUGUUUGGGUUCAGCUCGAGGGCUUGCUUUUCUUCAUCAUGGAUUUGUUCCUCACAUUAUUCACAGGGAUAUCAAGUCAAGCAAUAUACUGCUGGAUAAGAAGUUGGAGGCAAGGGUUGCUGAUUUUGGGCUAGCAAGGAUAAUUAGUGCAUGUGAGAGCCACGUCAGUACUGUUCUUGCAGGAACAUUUGGAUAUAUACCUCCCGAGUAUGGCCAGAUUAUGGUGGCAACAACAAAGGGUGAUGUGUAUAGCUUUGGGGUGGUGAUGUUAGAACUGCUGACUGGGCGAGCACCAACUGGACAAACAGAUAUUGAGGGGGGAAAUCUCGUUGGAUGGGUUAGAUGGAUGAUGGAGAUGGGAAUGGAUGAUGAGGUACUUGAUCCAUGUGUGGUUUCGAUGAAUGGGUCGUUCAGGGAUCAAAUGAGAUGUGUUCUAGAAAUUGCACGAGAAUGUACCCUAGACGAACCAUGGAAGAGGCCGACAAUGCUUGAGGUUGUGAAGUUGUUGAAAGAGGUCAAAAUGGAGGAUUCAGAAUAGUGACUUGGAAAUCUGUUUCCUGCGGCCAUAAUUAGCAUUGUUGAGAGAUAUGUUAAGCAAAUCAGUAAGUAGUUCUCGUCGAAUUUCAUUAGGUUUAAUGUUAGUGUUGUUGUUUUUACAUUUGAAGCACGAUUUAAAUAUCUGCAUGUAAAUAAGAAUGUUGUUUGGCAAAGUUCCAACUAUAUAUUCUAUAAACCUAAACAGAUGUAAAAAUAACACAGGAAAUGACGAGAAGUAGGUUGACUCA